AUGGAUGUCGGCAAAACCACCGUUUCCGCAUCGCUCAACGUGCUCGCCCGAUACUCAGCUGCCAACGUCGAUCCAUACACAGUCUUGAUUGGUCAAGGGAUGGCCGGAUCGUUUGCAUUUGGCCCCAACGGCAAGAAACGCUUUGAACAAGCAAUCAUAGGCCUUCUAUCCAUGCGAUCAAUUGGUGACUUAGUCCAUUUUGGCUUUGGUAUCAACAGUGUCAUCCGGAAUCUAACUUCUACUGAAGAAGGCGGCUGUCUUGUGGCGCUUUGCGCUGCCGCUGUGGAGUGUUAUCCUGAGGAUCAAGCGGCAAACAUCAUGUGGGAAUUAGUGCGGCUUUACAAAGCUUCCGACAUGCUCAAGCCAUCAGCACUUCAGUGGACGUUUUUGAUCAGAGCAUGCGCAGGCAGUCUUGCAGCGACUCAAUUCUCCACCAUUGCAGAGCAUUUGAUGGGGUUGAAUUAUCGCCAUGGAAGGGCUGACCGAGUCCAUGGGAAUAGCAGAGGCUGUUCAAGUCCAGAUACUAUCGCCAGGGCUCUGUUAGGCAUUGGUGAAGUGUCGACAGGAAAAGUUCUAUCCAUCUCAAUAGUUGGAGGACCUGACGCGGGAUGGCUAGCUGCACUGGCGGAGUGGAUGUUCGAUCUCCGAAUUGCUAUUUCAACUCUCGAAGGGACUUUGCUUCAUGCCAACUGCGGGACAACAAAAGACGCCCAAGUCCACGUCUUUCUUGGUGAUCAACUUACAAGCGACCGGCCAUACGAGGUGGAGGUUCGGGCUAAGACCUUUCAUUUACGCGACAUUAUGGACGUGAUCAAUGUCAGAGAAGGAAUCAAUGGUGCCCCUCUCAUCUGUGGACGCGUUCCAUGGAGCUCUGCUCUAUCUGACACCUUUGGGUCAUACUUUACAAGUCUAAUAGAAAUGAGACGCGCAUUCGGAACAGUGUUAGGUUGCGCAGCACGAGUUUUUGAAGCAGUCAAAAAUGCUGAAGAUGGAUUUCACGGUUCGCCAGCAUCCGAAUGCCGUUCUUACUUUACUUCAAGUUAUGGAGUUGGAUACGUAAGCUUUGCGGUCACCAAGUUCCCAGAGCUGAAGGCGUUCAGAAGAGAAAUGGAUCUUGGAGCCAGAAAAUCUACCGAAGAGGCUCUGAGAACAUACGAAGCCUGUAUUGUAGAUAUUGGACGUAUCUGUGGGUGUAGAUUCUGCGAUGCAGGAUCCUCAGUUGAAGUGAUCCAAGGCCAGCUAUGUCUGAUCUUCAUCGUCGAAACGAUCUUGGUCGUCAUCAGAUCGUUAUCUGGUAUCUCUAUCGCCGGGAAGCUGGACCCUUUGCUCGUCGGUCUCGAAGCUUCCUAUCGACACCAAGUCCAAAUACACACUGAAGAUGCUACCAAUGGCAAAGAAUUUUUGCAACAGCUUGGGACAGUCCGAUUUAUACUGGAGCUAAAUUUCGGUACAGCUCUAGAUGGAGUAGUAAUAGGACAUCACCUUCAGGUUGGUAGGCUGGAGCAAGCAGCCAGGAUAUUUGGCAGAGGCAGAGUUGAAAGAACCACUCACAAGAGAGGCUCGUCUAUUAGUGCAGUCAGUGCUCGUGGCAUUACCGUCUUUCUGGAUGCCCUGCUGGAUGUCUCAGACGAUCCAGAAAGAAUGGGUCUCUGCCAUGUCAUCCCAGGGCACAUCAGCAUGGAUGGCCGCCCGUUUAACUAUCUCUCCGAUCUCAGCGAUUUCAAUCCUGAAGGUAUGGACUAUCAAGCCCGGAAUGGGCAGGUCGGAUUGUACGACUGCCCGAGCCCUUCUGAUCUUCAAUAUCGUUACGAGCAGGUCUCACUUGCAGUUGCCGAAUCCAUCGACUCGCUUCAGGUAGGAAUCGUUGUCAAAGAUUCUAACGCGAACACUGCAUUGCUAGGGCCUUCACAAUACACCGCUAAGUUCCUGGCAGCUUUCGGUCUCGUGGCAUGUAGCGGAGUUGGUUGCUCUGUCAGGGAUGGUUUUGCUCUGGAGAGCACUGAUGACUUCAAGAUCGAAGAGCUCGACAGGGGGGGCCUUGCUGCGUUAUGGCACUUCAGAGGCAAUAUGAUUGCCCGUGUCGUGGCUCUAAUGAGAAGUGAAUUACUUCCCGUUCCUGACGACGCUUUUGAAGCAAUCAUACGAACUCAAGAGUGCCUCAAUUGUUGUAGAGCUACGGCGCUCAUAUGGAACUUCGAGAACGCUAUUAUCCUUUCUAAAGCGAAUGUAUGA